CUGACUGCCCUCCGGAGGACAGCAGCGAGGAGAAGAGCUCCCACUGUGACCUGACCUUUGAGGACAUCAUGCCAGCAGUGAAGACCCUCAUUCGGGCUGUCAGGAUCCUGAAGUUCCUGGUGGCCAAGAGGAAGUUCAAGGAGACCUUACGUCCCUACGACGUCAAAGAUGUCAUUGAGCAGUACUCAGCUGGCCACCUAGACAUGCUGGGCAGGAUCAAGAGCCUGCAGAUGCGCGUGGACCAGAUCGUGGGCAGGGGGGCCCUCGCUGCGGACAAGAAGAUGCGGGAGAAGGUGGAGAAGCCAGCGCUGGAGUCGGAGCUGGUGGACGAGCUCAGCAUGAUGGGGCGUGUGGUCAAAGUGGAGAGGCAGGUGCAGUCCAUCGAGCACAAGCUGGACCUGCUGCUCGGCCUCUACUCCCAGUGCCUCCGCAAGGGCUCCGUGAACUCCUUCAGCCUGGCCGCCGUGCAGGUGCCCCCCUGUGAGCCCGACAUCACCUCCGACUACCACAGCCCCGUGGACCACGAGGACAUCUCGGUCUCUGCCCAGACCCUGAACAUCUCCAGGUCGGCCAGCGCCAACAUGGACUGA